CUUGGGUUUAUGAUAAGGUAAAAGAUAGUCGGGGAGUUGCUGGGGCGAUCGAUUUUUACACAACACAACAGGGUGGAAAAUUAAGUUAGGGUUCUUGCUGAUUUAGGAGAAAAGGGUUGGUUGGAAUCAGAGAUUUGAGAUAAGAAAAUCAAAGCUGCAGGAGAACAAGAUGUCAUCCUUGUGCCUAAUUCCUCUUCCAUCAUGCGCAUCGUGGAAACCGGUGACUACUGUUCGUCGAAAGCAUGUAAGAACAACGUCAAUCAACUGUACUAAUGAUUUUGGGGCCAAAUCCUUUUUCCUCAAUCCUUCCGAUGAGCGUAUACUUAAAAAAGCUUUGAAGGAGCCUGUUGCUUUCAUGGGGGGGAUGUUUGCAGGGCUUUUGAGGCUGGAUUUGAAUGAAGAUCCACUGAAGGAAUGGGUUAGUAGGACUGUGGAAGCCUCUGGAUUUACGGAAGAGGAACUUGACACUGAAAAGACCAUCGCAGCAGAAGAACCUCAGCAGAUAGAGAUUGAAUGAAUCCAUCUUUUGGUGAAUUAUUCUUAAUUUUCAUCAAAUCAAUGCUACAUAAUACCAUUCUUCUUUAUCAUAUCAUAAAAAAAAAUGCACAAUGAAGAAAAUUGCAACCAAAAUUCGAAUUCCAAUUCACAUUUGAGUCCUGUAACAUCUCUGUGUGUGUGUAUAUAUAUAUAUGUAGAGAGAGAAUCGGGUUCAAACGAGAAUGAUACCUAUUUAAGAGAAUAAUAAAAUGGUCGAAUCACAUGUGAUUUCAUACCAACGUCACGUAC